AUAAAAUAGUUAAAAUUUUCUCAACGGUUUUCUUCCUUAUUUUAUUGACUGUUUUUAUGCAGUCUGAAUGUCUGGAAUUUUGAAAGAUGAAAGAUUCACUCUUACUUUCAUUGCAGGAUUAUUUCUACUAAUCCAGAUACUUGUUGAAGUGCUGAAUAGUUUCUUGGGGAAAGAUGACAAGGAAGAGUUUGAAUUCAUAGACUGGUGAGCAGAGAUUGUGGAGUACAGAAUAGUCAGCACCCCUCUGGCAUAAGAUGCACAUUUUUCUGCUGGGAAUGGGAUGUUCUUGAGUUCUUACAAGUUCAUGAAGAGACCCAUGUGUGGUGCUAUUGAGAAAUUUAUUGGGAAAUUUAAAGACAUUUCAAAUAACAGGUUGUUUUGGUUUCUGAAGUAAAAGUGAGGAGGCACUCUGUUUUGUGCAAGGAGGAAGGACUCAGGCCAGAAAACUUGUAUGCUAUGGUUAACUGGUUCCCAGCUUCCGAGAAUGUUGUUUUCCAUGGUAUAAAACUUACUCAGCAUCAGGAUAAGGGAUAACGACUCUAUGGAUAUACAGAAUCCUUCACCAUGGUAAAACUCGCUAACCCGCUGUAUACGGAGUGGAUUUUGGAGGCCAUCAAAAAAGUGAAGAAGCAAAAACAGCGUCCUUCAGAAGAAAGGAUAUGCAAUGCAGUGUCUUCAUCCCAUGGCUUGGAUCGUAAAACUGUUUUAGAACAAUUGGAGUUGAGUGUUAAAGAUGGAACAAUUUUAAAAGUCUCAAAUAAAGGACUCAAUUCCUAUAAAGAUCCUGAUAAUCCUGGGCGAAUAGCACUUCCUAAACCCCGAAACCAUGGAAAAUUGGAUAAUAAACAAAACGUAGAUUGGAAUAAACUGAUCAAGCGGGCAGUUGAGGGCUUGGCAGAGUCCAGUGGCUCAACUUUGAAAAGCAUUGAACGUUUUUUGAAAGGUCAGAAGGAUGUGUCUGCAUUAUUUGGAGGCAGCGCUGCCUCUGGCUUUCACCAGCAGUUACGAUUGGCUAUUAAACGAGCCGUUGGCCACGGCAGACUCCUUAAAGAUGGACCUCUUUAUCGGCUCAACACUAAAGCAACCAGUGUGGAUGGGAAAGAGAGUUGUGAGUCUCUUUCCUCUUUACCUCCAGUGUCACUCCUUCCACAUGAAAAGGAUAAGCCCGUUGCUGAACCAAUCCCCAUCUGUAGUUUCUGUCUUGGUACAAAAGAACAAAACCGAGAAAAGAAGCCAGAAGAACUCAUCUCCUGUGCCGACUGUGGCAACAGUGGUCAUCCAUCCUGUUUAAAGUUUUCCCCUGAAUUAACGGUUAGAGUGAAGGCCUUACGGUGGCAGUGCAUUGAGUGUAAAACGUGCAGCUCCUGUCGAGAUCAAGGCAAGAAUGCAGAUAAUAUGCUCUUUUGUGAUUCCUGUGACCGAGGUUUUCACAUGGAGUGUUGUGAUCCGCCACUCACCCGGAUGCCAAAAGGUAUGUGGAUAUGUCAAAUAUGUCGACCUAGGAAAAAAGGACGAAAACUUCUACAGAAGAAGGCGGCACAGAUAAAACGGCGCUAUGCUAACCCAAUAGGACGUCCAAAAAACAGGUUAAAGAAACAAAACACGGUAUCAAAAGGUCCCUUCAGCAAAGUUCGAACUGGUCCUGGAAGGGGUCGUAAACGUAAAAUCACUCUCUCCAGCCAAUCAGCAUCGUCAUCAGAAGAAGGAUAUUUAGAGCGAAUAGAUGGCUUGGACUUCUGCAGAGAUAGCAGUCACCCCUUGAAGUUCAACAAGAAAACCAAAGGGCUCAUUGAUGGCCUUACCAAAUUCUUCACCCCUUCCCCUGAUGGGCGGAAACCUCGAGGGGAAGUGGUAGAUUACUCUGAGCAAUAUAGAAUCAGGAAAAAGGGCAACAGAAAAUCAAGCACUUCAGAUUGGCCCACAGACAAUCAGGAUGGCUGGGAUGGCAAACAAGAAAGUGAGGAACGGCUUUUUGGGAGCCAGGAAAUCAUGACUGAGAAAGAUAUGGAAUUAUUUCGUGAUAUCCAAGAACAAGCACUGCAGAAAGUUGGAGUGACUGGUCCCCCUGAUCCACAAGUUCGCUGUCCCUCUGUCAUUGAGUUUGGGAAGUAUGAAAUUCACACCUGGUACUCCUCCCCAUAUCCUCAAGAAUACUCAAGGCUGCCUAAAUUAUAUCUUUGUGAAUUCUGUCUAAAAUACAUGAAAAGUAGAACUAUUCUCCAGCAGCACAUGAAGAAAUGUGGUUGGUUCCAUCCUCCUGCCAAUGAGAUUUACAGAAAAAAUAAUAUUUCUGUCUUUGAGGUUGAUGGGAAUGUGAGUACCAUUUAUUGUCAGAACCUAUGUCUCUUGGCAAAGUUGUUUCUUGACCACAAAACACUCUAUUAUGACGUGGAGCCAUUUCUUUUUUAUGUACUAACACAGAAUGAUGUCAAGGGCUGCCACCUUGUUGGCUACUUUUCUAAAGAAAAGCACUGCCAGCAGAAGUACAACGUUUCCUGCAUAAUGAUUCUUCCCCAGUACCAGCGUAAGGGCUAUGGCAGGUUUCUCAUCGAUUUCAGUUAUUUGUUAUCAAAGCGUGAAGGCCAAGCAGGGUCUCCAGAGAAACCAUUAUCCGAUCUAGGUCGUCUUUCCUACAUGGCUUAUUGGAAAAGUGUAAUAUUGGAGUGCCUUUAUCACCAAAAUGACAAGCAAAUCAGCAUUAAGAAGUUAAGCAAGUUGACAGGUAUCUGUCCUCAAGACAUUACUUCCACACUCCACCACCUACGAAUGCUGGACUUCCGUAGUGAUCAAUUUGUGAUAAUCCGCCGGGAAAAACUUAUCCAGGAUCACAUGGCAAAGCUUCAGCUGAAUUUGCGGCCUGUAGAUGUAGAUCCAGAAUGUUUGCGCUGGACCCCUGUCAUAGUCUCCAAUUCUGUGGUCUCAGAGGAGGAAGAAGAGGAGGCUGAGGAAGGAGAAAACGAAGAGCCGCAGUGCCAGGAAAGAGAAUUAGAGACAAGUGUGGGAAAGUCUGCAUCUCGGGAGAACAAAGAACAAGAUUCUUACUCUUCGGUAGAAAGUGAAAAGAAACCAGAAGUUAUGGCACCAGCUAGUUCUACGCGUCUGAACAAGCAAGUCCUUCCCCGUGAUAGUCUUCCUGCAAACAAUCAGCCAUCUCGGAGAGGCCGCUGGGGAAGGAAGAACAGAAAAACCCAGGAACGUUUUGGUGAUAAAGAUUCUAAACUGCUCUUGGAAGAGACAUCAGCUCCUCAGGAACAAUAUGGAGAAUGUGAGGAAAAAUCAGAAACCUCCCAAGAACAAUACACUGAAAGUGAGGACCAGUCAGCAGCCUCUCAGGAGCAGCCCAGCCAGGAUGGGAAGCCAGACAUUCCCAAAAGAAGACUAAGUGAGGGGGUUGAACUCUGGCGAGGACAGCUAAAGAAGAGCCCGGAGGCACUGAAGUGUAGGUUACCAGAAGGCAAUGAGAGGCUGCCCCGUCGCUAUAGUGACGGUGACAGGGCUCUCCUCAGAGGCUUCAGUGAGAGUAGUGAGGAAGAAGAAGAGCCAGAAAGUCCUCGGUCCAGCUCCCCACCAAUUCUUACAAAGCCCACACUGAAGAGAAAGAAACCAAUUCUUCACCGAAGAAGGAGAAUCCGAAAGCGCAAACACCACAACAGCAGCGUGGUCACAGAAACGAUUUCUGAGACUACAGAGGUAUUGGAUGAACCUUUUGAAGACUCUGACUCUGAGAGGCCGAUGCCACGAUUAGAACCCACGUUUGAGAUUGAUGAGGAAGAAGAGGAAGAGGAUGAAAAUGAGCUCUUUUCUAGAGGAUACUUCCAUCGUUUGUCCUCACAGGAUGUGCUCAGGUGUCGAUCCUCUUCUAAGAGGAAGUCUAAAGAUGAAGAUGACGAAGAAGAGUCCGAUGACGCUGAUGACACUCCUGUUCUAAAGCCAGUAUCUCUCUUGAGAAAAUGUGAUGUGAAGGAUUCUCAGCUUGAGCCAGAUACAUCCACACCUAUGAAAAAGAAAAAGGGAUGGCCCAAAGGCAAGAGCCGCAAACCAAUCCACUGGAAGAAAAGACCUGGUCGCAAACCAGGAUUUAAGUUGAAUCGGGAAAUCCUACCCGUUUCUACCCAAGAAUGCAUUGUUGAGCCCACCGUUCCCAUUCCUAAACCGGGACGGAAACCCAAACUUCAAGAGAAUGAAGAGACUGUUGAACCAAAAGAAGACUUGCCUUUAACGGAAGAAAGGAAGGAUGAGGAGGAGAUGCACGUGGAAGCAGAAGAGGUUGAAGAGGGAGAAGAAGAAGAUACAACCAGCAGUGAAGUUAGAGCGGCGUCUCCAGUGGAUAGCAACAGUCCCGAGACUGAAACGAAAGAACCCGAAAUAGAAGAGGAGGAAGAGAAGCCCCGUGUCUCAGAAGAGCAGCGGCAGUCAGAGGAGGAGCAGCAAGAGCUGGAAGAACAGGAGCAAGAGGAAGAGGAUGAGGUGGCUGUAGAGACAAACCAGAAUGAAGACCAUGAUGCAGAUGAUGAAGACGACGGCCAUCUGGAAUCUACCAAGAAAAAAGAGCUAGAGGAGCAGCCCGUUAGAGAAGAUGUCAAAGAGGAGCCUGGUGGCCAGGAGUCUUUUUUAGAUACUAAUAUGCAGAGCAGUAGGGAGAAUAUAAAGGAUAAAGAUGAAACAGAACCAGAUUCUGAAGAGGAACAGACUUCCCACGAAACAUCCAUGGUAUCAGAGCACAUGCCAGGGUCUGAGGACGAUCAUGAAGAAGAUUCAAACUCUAAAGAAGAAUUAAUUGAGCUAAAAGAGGAGGAAGAGAUUCCUCACAGUGAACUGGAUCUGGAAACUGUGCAAGCAGUGCAGUCUUUGACUCAAGAAGAAAGCAACGAACAUGAGGGAGCCUACCAGGACUGCGAAGAAACUCUGGCCGCGUGUCAGACCCUGCAGAGCUACACCCAGGCCGAUGAAGACCCUCAGAUGUCGAUGGUGGAAGACUGCCACGCUUCAGAACAUAAUAGCCCGAUAUCUUCUGUUCAGUCUCAUCCCAGCCAAUCGGUCCGUUCAGUCAGUAGUCCCAACGUGCCUGCCCUUGAAAGCGGUUACACCCAGAUCAGCCCGGAGCAAGGAUCCCUGUCCGCACCCUCUAUGCAGAACAUGGAGACCAGCCCCAUGAUGGAUGUGCCUUCCGUAUCAGACCACUCUCAGCAGGUGGUGGACAGUGGCUUCAGUGACCUGGGCAGCAUUGAGAGCACCACAGAAAACUAUGAGAACCCCAGCAGUUACGAUUCUACGAUGGGUGGCAGCAUUUGUGGGACUAACUCUUCCCAGAGCAGCUGCUCCUAUGGUGGGUUGUCCUCCUCCAGCAGCCUCACCCAGAACAGUUGUGUUGUCACUCAGCAAAUGGCAAACAUGGGCAACAGCUGCAGCAUGAUGCAGCAGAACAACGUCCAGCCUGCUGCUGCCAACUGCAACAUCAAGUCACCUCAGAGUUGUGUGGUGGAGAGGCCUCCCAGUAACCAGCAGCCGCCGCCCCCACCACCGCAGCAGCAACAGCAGCAGCAGCAGCAGCAGCAGCAGCAGCAGCAGCAGCAGCAGCAGCAGCAACCAGCACCACAGCCUCCGCCGCCCCAGCAGCAGCAGCAACAGCCACCGGCGCCACCACCACCUCAGCCCCAGCAGCCUCAGCCCCCGCCCCCGCCCCAGCAGCAGCCCCCGCUGUCACAGUGUAGUAUGAAUAACAGUUUCACUCCAGCGCCUAUGAUCAUGGAGAUACCAGAAUCUGGAAGCACUGGGAACAUAAGUAUUUAUGAGAGGAUUCCAGGGGACUUUGGUGCCGGCAGCUACUCUCAACCGUCAGCCACCUUCAGUCUAGCCAAGUUGCAGCAGCUGACUAACACCAUUAUGGACCCUCAUGCCAUGCCUUAUAGCCAUUCUCCUGCUGUGACUUCCUAUGCAACCAGUGUUUCUUUGUCUAAUACAGGACUGGCUCAGCUAGCUCCGUCUCAUCCAUUAGCUGGGACCCCUCAAGCACAAGCCACCAUGACGCCGCCCCCAAACUUGGCAUCCACCACCAUGAACCUCACGUCACCUCUGCUACAGUGCAACAUGUCUGCCACCAACAUCGGCAUUCCUCACACUCAGAGGUUGCAAGGGCAGAUGCCAGUGAAGGGGCACAUUUCCAUCCGCUCCAAGUCCGCGCCACUGCCCUCUGCAGCUGCCCACCAGCAGCAGCUGUAUGGCCGCAGCCCACCAGCGGUUGCCAUGCAGGCUGGCCCUCGUGCAUUGGCUGUUCAGCGUGGCAUGAACAUGGGGGUUAAUUUGAUGCCGACCCCUGCCUAUAAUGUCAAUUCCAUGAAUAUGAACACCUUGAAUGCCAUGAACAGCUAUCGAAUGACGCAGCCCAUGAUGAACAGCAGUUACCAUAGUAACCCUGCCUACAUGAACCAGACAGCACAGUAUCCUAUGCAGAUGCAGAUGGGGAUGAUGGGGAGCCAGGCCUAUACCCAGCAGCCUAUGCAGCCAAACCCUCAUGGAAACAUGAUGUACACUGGCCCCUCCCAUCACAGCUACAUGAACGCUGCUGGUGUGCCCAAGCAGUCACUCAAUGGACCUUACAUGAGAAGAUGAGCAAGAUGAACUUGCAAUUAAAAACUUAAAUAUAUAUAAAUAAAGGAACCUUUUAUACUGACAAACCAGAGAAAAAUGGACCUUUUUCCAGUUAAAAUAUUGCUGUAGAUUUAGAGGAAUUUUUCUUUGGUUUAUUUUAUUUUUUAGAAAACCUGGUCUUCUCUCUUUUUUUUUUUUUUUGGGUUCAUUUUGUUCUGGGUUUUGGUUUUCUUCAUAAUCUUGAACAUUUUACAAUAGAACUCAUCUAAAAAUGGAUUUGGGGAUAGGGGAAACAUGCACAAAAAUCUUUUCAUAAUUAAAAAGAGCCUUACUUUCUUUACAUACCACAUGGACAGAAUUUGUGUAAAAGUGAAUUAUCUUUAUUUUAUUUUAAAAUGUAUGUUUCCCCUCACUGUUUGCAGCUCCCAAUGUUGUCAUUUUUAAAUGUUAUAUAUACAUCUCGGGGGUUAACAAGACCCCUUCCUCCAAACCCAACCUUUCAUUUCCUACUUCAUUCCAGCAGGAGGCACUUAGGGGAGACUCGGAUGGGGACAUGGAGAACAACCCAAGCUCCUUAAACUUAUUAUUAUUGUUAAUAUUAUUAUUAUUAUUAUUAUUAAUAAAGCGAGGCAGGAAAAUGCUUCUCCUUUUAAAAUCCCCUCCACUCCCUACACACACACACACACACACCCCUCUUGACCUCUUGAAACCUUUCCCCAAGAAUGUUUCUUUAUAGAUGGACUUCAUUGAAAUGUUUGUUUUUCUUAAAUCAAGUGUAAUAUAAUUUGGGGGGGGGGGUUUGUUUUUUACUAUUCCCACUCAGCACUCAGAGACACAAAAAUACUGUAAGUCUCAAUUAACAGCAGAAUCUCAGAGGAAAGCUGUUUGCAAUCCUAAUCCAGCCUUGGAGGAAUAGAGAUGGUCAGUUAACAAUCAAAAAGAGGAAAUUAACCUCUUGUUUUUUACCACCUGGUGAAUCAGCCAUAACACACAUAUUCCACGCAGCCUCUUGUUUUUAGUAUGUACUUUGAGAUGCUAAGGGUCUUGAUUCUUGAGCCUUUGACUUUGACUAAACUCAAACAGCAGUCCCCAGUGCUUAGCCUCUUACAUUCUUAUACAAAGUGUUGAUGGAUGACUGUACAUUUCAGUGAUUUGAAAAAUACCUGACAGACAUUUGACACUGUUUAUUUUAUGUUGGAAGAGAUGAUUUAAGGGAGAUCAUGGUGUGAGUUUUAUAGCUACUUAAAUGAUACAUACCUCUAGUUUUCAUUUUCUUGAGAUCCUGAGUUCAUUCCCUGUGAAUCAGAGUGCACCAGCCCCUCUCCUGUGAGUGGUUAAAAGAGAAGAGGGAUAAACCAACCACCAGCAUAGUAGGGCAAAUCUGGACAGCAGGGUUUUAGCAGGUUCCUUUGUUGCUCCCAACUCCAUUAUCUUUUCUCUUGUGCAACCAGUUCGCCCAUUCUCUUCCUGUUACUUGCUCCAGGGAUAGGUAAAAAAAAAAAAAAUAUAUAUAUAUAUCUAUAUAUAUCUAUAUAUAUGUUCCAUCAUUAGAAGAUGGAAAAUAUUAUACCACUCGGUAUGUGCAGUCAAAUAUCCAAAAGGGGGAAGUACUGCUUAAAGAAAUACCUGUAAGCAUUAAAUUCUCUCCUUUAUUUGUACAUUUUAUAUAGAUAAAUUUUUGAAGUACUAAUUAGGCAUUAAAUUUUUUCAAAUGCACAGGUUUGUUGUUUUUUUUUUUUAAAUACACUUUAAUUGACUUUCUCAAUUAAAUGUGUUAGGUAGAAAAAGGCAGAAUUCCACAUCUUAAC